CUCGGUCCAGAAAUUCCCUGAUUCACAUAAUUGUUUUGUCUACUUUAGAUGGCGAAGAAGAGGAUGACCAGUUAAACGAGGUAAAUUAAAGUAUAGUCAAGUAUCCACCAGGCCAUGGCCAAAAUAAAAAAUGAACACAGAAAAAACCCCACUUUUUUCUGGAUCUAUAAAGAUAUUCCAUAUUAUUGCACGAAGAAGUUAUGAAUUGUUUCAUUUUCUCGUUAAUACAAUUAUAAGUAAAUAGGCUAAUAAUAUACAUGCAUACACACAUACACACACAUACAAAAAUUUAAUUAUGCACGCUGUCCUCAACAACUCAGAGUUGAUUUCCAUGAGGGUCGUGAUUUUAGAAAGAAUAUACUAUACAGAUAAACAUUACUAGAUUAUUCAAAAUACAAAAACAAAGAAAGAAGAAUUACUAUAUAGGCAACAGGACGAGCCCAUUUUAAGUGUUUGCUCGAUUAAUAGUUCUUUGAAAAGAACUUAAAGAUUCCGCUACUUUUACAGUACCUCAUACGGUAAAUUAUUUCAUACUAAGCAUCUUUUACUAAAAUCGGUAUUCGCUUUAGGAAGAGACAAAUCGGUUUCUCUAUUUCUAAGGUCAUAGGUAUUAUCACAUUCAUUAUUCAAUCGAAAGGAUGUUCUUAGAUUUGGUGCGGUGUGGUUAUUCAGAAUUUUAUACAUAAAAACAGAUUUUAAAUAAUUUCGCCUUAGUUCUAGCUAGGUGUUUCCAACCCAGACUUUCGAGUAAAUCAACCGACCGAACAUUGUAAGUUGCACCAGAAAUUACUCUUGUAGCCCGAUUUUGAAAUUUCUGCAGCCUGUCCUUGAGGCUUAUUCCACAGUUGUCCCAGAGAGGGCUGCAGUAAUCAAAGUAUAGGGCUGUACAAUAGCAUUGUAGAUCAAUUUUAGUGCCUCAGGCGAUACAAAGGGCCUAAUACGUCUUAUAGCCCCGAUACCCGCACUGGCUUUUGAGCUUAUAUCAUAUCAAUAUGUUUAUCGAAGGUCCAUCUUUCGUCAAUGUUGACACCAAGGCAAAUCUAAUUUUCAGUCCUGGGUAUUCGAACGUUAUUAACGAGAAUAGGGUUACCAGAUACUUUAUGUUUAAUAUUAUACGCUGGUCCAAUGAACAUAUAUUUCGAUUUUGUAAUCUUAGAAAAACAUUAUUCCAAAAUAUGUUACACCUCACAAUAAGCUUGUCCAAUCUGAGAAGUUGGUUUCCAUAACAUGACCAUAUUAUUUUCAGCAAAUACCAUGUCCUGGGCAUCUCGUAUACCGUGGGUCUUUUCGACUCGAAUACCGCGCUUGAGCGGGAAAUAUGACUUGUCUAAUUUCAUCGGCCAGAAACAUAGCGGAAUCAGAGGAAGUUGAACACGAAAUAAAUAAUGAACUUAGGUGCUUAUUGAACAGCAAGGACGGGGUAUUUCGGACUUAGCCCGUAGGAUAUUUCAUCAUUCAGGUACUCCUUAGGUCUAUGACUGAUGAAACUAACGACCAUUUGUGACCACGUCUGUAGGAAUGUAGAAGAUGACAUUUUAGAGAAGAGUCUAGUUACUUGGAUAUGAACAUAUCUUUUAUACGCUCUAAGAAAUAACUAUAUAGUAAACGUCAGUUGGCAGAAAUUGUUAAUUAAGCGUCAUAGGUCCACUCAAGUACUAGAAUUACCCCUAGCUCUAAACUCACCUAAAAUAAUCCAUUUGCGACUUCCUGUUAAGAUAACUAACGACUCUGAUGAUGGUUGCGAUGAACAGUUAUUCUGGAAUGGCAUUCCAAACAACGAAGUGUCAGAAAACAAAGGUUUUGAUGAUAGUAGAGAGGAUAUGGAUGCAAAUGUUCACCAAGAACAGCCGGUUUCGACUAAUGUACAAACAUGCUGAGGUAAAUACGUAUAAAGACCGCGGGACGGUUUUAUAAAAACGUAGUUAAGGUUAACUGCAGUUAGCGUUACUACCCG